GUCACAGUGUCUUGUUGGCAGCAGUGAAGUAGGCUUGUAAUCACAGCUCGUCUGUAAUCUUGGUCAGAGUGCCAUCACUCUCUUUUUGGUUUGGCUGAAUUUUAUACACAACUUCAGGAGACCAGAAGUGAAGGGACAAUGCAAGUCCACAUACACACCAAGUUCUGUGUUUUGUGUGUGCUCACCUUCCUUUUCCACCACUGCAACCACUGCCAUGGAAGACACAGCCAUCAGCAUGGUGGACAUCGGCACGGUGACCAUAACAGCGCCCACAGCGAUCGACAGAUUUCGGAGGCUCCAUACGUGACGGCUGCCACUGUGUCCCCAAUGCCCAAGAGUUCUCAAGACGCCACUCUUGAGGAGGAGGAGCAGCGCUUCUAUAUCCAGCAGCUGUUCUUGCGCUAUGGCCAGAAGGACCGCUUAGACUUCCAGGGAUUUCAGAGUCUGCUCUUUAGCUUGGGUCUAGGAGAAGUGAAGGUGGUUGGUGUGAGUCACGAGGAUCUAGGCCACGACCAUGUAGCUCACCUUGACUUGGUGGAUUUGCAGGAGGGGCAGCAUUCACAUUCACCUUCCAGUGAAGGCCACAGUCAUGACCACCACCAUCCUGGACAUGAUCAUCCUCACCCCAGGUCACACCCCACACACUGCAGCAAGACUUCUGCUGCAGGUUCAGCUGCUACACCCACAGGUCACGACCACGACCACGGGCAUGAUCAUGGACAUAAUCAUGACCACAGUAGAGGGCAGGAUAGUAACCAUGAACAUUCUGAUGGACAUGUGCAGGAUACACAUGAUCAUGGCCAGAAGCAUGAUCAUGCACAUGACAAAGAGCACAAACAUGAGCAGCGACAUAUACAGGUUAACCACACAAACCUGUCUUCUCAACCUCACAAUGACCAUGAGCACAAUGAUCCCAGUGAUGAUCAUGAACAUGAUCACCAAGAGCACACAGACAGGACUCCCAUCAACCACCAACAGCUGCCCUCGGCCCACCUGGAGCCGCCCCGCCUCCCUCAGUCCUCUCCUGCUCCAACAGUGAGCCAGCCCAGGAGGCCCAGAAAACCAGGAAGGAUCAGAGAGCAGCGACGGUCACACAAUACACCGUCUAAAGCGCCUCCACCUGAUGACCAUGUACACGGUCAUCAGCACAAACGUGACCACACAAACUCUCGUAAGCAUAAGAGAGAGGCUCCAGUGGAACGGACCACACCCGCCCUGUCGGUGCCCUCCGGACAUCCACAUCAACACGAAGAGUGUUUGAACCUCACUCAGCUCCUCACCUACUACGGUUUGAAUCCUGAUUCACUCAUCUCGCCCAACCAGUUCACGUUUCUGUGUCCUGCCCUGCUCUACCAGAUAGACAGUCGUUUCUGCAUCCGCCACUCUCCUGGGAUGGAGGUGGAGCAGGAGGCCUUGGAGCCUGCAAGUUCAGUGUGGAUCUGGGUUUGGGGAUUUGUGUCCAUCACCAUCAUCAGCCUGCUGUCUCUGCUCGGCGUGGUCCUCGUCCCCAUCCUCAACCAGUCCUGCUUCAAGUUCCUCCUCACCUUCCUGGUGGCGCUGGCGGUGGGAACGCUCAGCGGCGACGCCCUGCUCCACCUGCUGCCUCAUUCUCAGGGCCAACACGACCACGGCGAACACGGUCACGGCUCCAGCUACGACGCAGAUCUGGUAACAGCCUUUGAUGGAGUGUGGAAGGGGCUCACAGCACUGGCCGGCAUCUACCUCCUCUUCAUCAUCGAACACUGUAUUGGCAUGUUUAAGCACUACAAAGACCAGAAGGGCCUGAAGAAAGCGAGUGAAGAAGGAAAGAUUGGCAGGAAGCUGUCAGAUCACAAGUUAAAUCGGCGCUCGGACGCAGAAUGGCUUCACCUGAAGCCACUCGGUGACGACCCAGAAUGCACAGUCAUCUCCAGCGACAACAGCCACAACGACACCCAGCUCACCGAGCUCCAAACACCCGACUCUCCCACCAACAAGAGUCCGCUGGCCCCCACGAACCCCCAACAAGAGCAGCCGUCGCCGGCCAAAGAGGAGGAGCGUAUGGCCAAGCAGCACGGCCACGGCCACAGACAUUCUCACGGACACGGCCACUCUCACGGGGGAAACUGCCACUCAGACCAGGAGAUGAAGGACGCUGGCAUCGCCAGCAUCGCCUGGAUGGUCAUCAUGGGAGACGGCAUGCACAACUUUAGCGACGGCCUCGCCAUAGGUGCAGCGUUCAGCGCGAACUUAACCGGUGGCAUCAGUACGUCUGUGGCUGUUUUCUGCCAUGAAUUACCUCACGAACUUGGGGACUUUGCGGUGCUGCUGAAAGCUGGGAUGACGGUGAAACAGGCCAUUGUCUACAAUCUGCUGUCUGCUCUCAUGGCCUACGUUGGCAUGCUGAUCGGGACCGCUGUGGGCCAGUACACGCACAACGUCACCAGCUGGAUCUUUGCCAUCACAGCCGGCAUGUUCCUGUAUGUGGCUCUGGUGGAUAUGCUGCCAGAAAUGCUUCAUGGGGACAGUGAGGAGCACAAGCGCUGUGACCUGGGACAUUUUAUCCUCCAGAACCUGGGUCUGCUGACCGGGUUCAGCAUCAUGCUGCUAAUCGCCAUCUUUGAAGACCGCAUCGUUUUCGAUUUUGGCUUUUAGUAGGUGACGGAGGAAAGCUGGAUGUAUGUUUUGUUCUUGGCCUUAACAUGCUCUUGUUGCAGUGUGAGGGCAGCGUCUUGCAUGCGAUGUGAGUCUCAUUUGUGGCCUGUGCCUCCAUCCUAGACAUGCAACGGUGGUUUCUGUAUGGAGACCGCUGCUCAUGUUUACACUCUGUUCCUCCACCAUCACCUGUCGUGUGUCUGCUCCCUGUGAAGCAAAGGAGGACGGAUGACUGAAGGAACCUGUGCCGACUCCUGAAUACGCCCCCUAUGCCCCUCAAACCUCAGCUUAAAGAAAAACAAAAACCCCAGCUGUGAACAGUGAGAUGGUGCAGAGUGUGUUCCUGUCAGAGUCCAGCAGCGCCACACCCAUCCAUCAUGCCGUCAUUACUGCGCGACUCCCUGUCCUUGCUUCCCCAUCCGCUCUGUGCUGCAUCCCAUCAUCCGUGCCUUGGACAUCUGUUGCGUGUCUCCACCUGCUAUCCAUCACCACCUGUGAUGUCAUCAAACCCCUCUGUGCCAAGCCCCGGCCACUGCAGCCUCAGAGCUCAGACACGCACAGCCCACGUCAACUAGAUGCUGAACUCUAGAAAGAAAAAGACCCUUUAGCUCGCUUGCUUAAACUGCACAAACAUCUGACACCGUGACUGCAGAGUCAAAGUAAAGAGGUGUUCCCCUAACUGAACUUGUGCUUGGACUAGGCUCUUUUUUGUUUGUGUAGUUUAGAUUUCUAUGGAAAAUAACCCUAGUAGAUGAUGAGAGCUGCUGCUAGCGUACCUGCCAAAGCCUCCACAAAUUGGCAUUGACAGUAAUCGGUGUUUUUGUUUGUAGGAAUUGCUUAUAAAUGUCUGAGCACAUUUUUGUAAAGGUUCGACAAUCCGAAGCCAAAUGAAACAUUCGCGUUAGGUCUUAAUGCAUCCUCUUUUUCUUUUUUCUUUUUAAUUUGUGAGAAGAAACGGUGUCAAACUGUCAAACCUAGAUAAAGUAGUCUUCUUCAUCAGAAAGUGUUGUAGUUUACUAGAUUUAUUUUGGGAGUUUCACUCAUACCGCCCUGCGGUGAACAUGCAAUCACAAGGAAGGUUGUUUUUUUUUUCUCGUUUUUUUUAUGUACUAUAAAUCUAUGAAGUCUGGGGAGUUUCAGUACUGCUACUGUUAUUCUCUCUCCUAUUAAAGACUGAAGUCGCAUCUUGACAGUCUGAGACGAAUCAAACUCAGUGUUAUAAUCAGAAUCGUUUCCAUCAGCUGCAAGAAGCUCCUGUAUUUGUAACCCAUGACCAAUCAGCUCGUCAGACCAGAGCACCUAAAUAUCCGCUGCUUUACUUUGAAGCAUUCCUGUGUUUCUGGGAGUGCAUGUCAUUGUCAGUGCAUCAGAAGUGACCAGAGUGAGGGUUUCCAGUGGCUGGUGCUCGACGCGGCUCCUCCCUCCCCGACAUUCCACAUGCUGAUCUGCAGCUCGCAUGCUAGGCUACCUGACGUAGCUUCAGCUGCUGGAGACACACACGUGUGUGAGUGUGUGUGUGUCUUCAUUUAUCCUGUCACCGUGUGACAUCGUCUGUGUCUUAUCUGGCUGUAAAUCAUCGCCGGUCUCAUGCCAUUGAUUUGAAUCUUGUUUACAGCAUGACUGAAACGGUACAAUGUUUUGACUGUUAAAGUUGUCCUUUCUUUGUUCUGCGAAGUGGAAAUGCUGAAAACAUUUGUUACGUUUUUAACGACACCAUGAGGAUCAUGGGAAACUCCUCGGGUUUAGUGAAACCGGCGUUCUGAGUCUGUUUUUUGUUAUCUGAAAACAAAUGAUGCACAUAACUCAUCAAGUGUACUUUUUUCUUCUUUUUUUUAUGACCAAAACACAGAUUCCUAAAAAAAGAAAAAACAUGAUCAACCUUCGCUUUAUGUGUAUAUUUGUGUAGUAUUGUGUAGAUACAUGUAAAAUGUGAAGUCCUCGCUGUUAGCCUGUCCGUGCAUUCGCUCUCAUUGUGAAAGGAGAAUAAACUUGAAAACUCCUGGA